AUGGCACUGACGGGCAUGGAUUGUAAGACAGAGGAAUCAACACACGGCGAGCAUCAUACGACGCCGAAGAAAAAGGCAACAUUGGCGGCAGAGGAUCGCUUGAACGGCAGCAGCAGCGGAACAGCAGGUGAUGACUCGAUAUUUCGUACGUUGGGAAACUUUAGCGCACUGAACGGUGCCAGCAGUCCAAGGCUGCCGACUAUCAAGGACUUUAGCAUUCUGAAACCGAUCAGCCGCGGGGCGUUCGGGAAGGUGUUUCUAGGCUAUAAGAACAGUGAUCACAACAAGCUUUACGCCAUCAAGGUGAUGCAGAAGACGGAGAUGGUCAACAAAAACAUGGUAUCGCAGGUAGUGACGGAGCGGAACGCAUUGGCUCUCUCCCGCAGUCCAUUCUGCGUGACGCUUUACUACUCCCUCCAAAGCAUUACGUCUGUAUUUCUGGUUAUGGAAUACAUGGUCGGCGGAGACUUGAAGUCCCUGCUUGCAAUGUACGGUUUCUUCGACGAAAACACAGCCCGUUUCUAUGCCGCCGAAAUUUGCCUGGCGUUGGAGUAUCUGCACAAUCACGGCAUCGUGCAUCGGGACAUUAAACCUGACAAUAUGCUUGUGUCCGCUACCGGGCACGUAAAACUAACUGAUUUCGGCCUGAGCCGUAUUGAAUUGCGGCGUGAUUUGGAGCUAUCCGAUUUGCUGAACUGUUCACCGAACCUAAACGCACGGACUCCCGGACAGCUGCUGUCACUGACCUCCCAUUUGUCGUUCGGUUCCCACGACAAGCGGGUCGUGACGGAUGUGGCGAGUCAGGGCGAAUCGGGAACGAUGCAGCCGAUGGUGCCGAAGGAACGCUUACCACAUGAAUCGUCCGAUCACGAGUCGGACGGAUCGUUCGGACACGCGCGGCAGCAGAACGAUAGCAAAAUAUCGGGCGUCAGCCCUUUCUUCUCAGCCGAGCAAAAUAUCAGCACCGUGGACGAGGUAAAGGCACGCUCGGAAGUUACUGUGGUAGAGGAAAAGUUGGACUCUUCCUCGUACUACACAUGCACCUCCAGUGAGUCGGUAAAAGACAGCGGAGGCACCGAGCCUGUGCGCAAGAUUCACAUAGUUCCGAGUGAACCUGAAACAGUAGUUGAGAAGGAGAACGUUGACGAUAUGAAUCGCAUGGGAAAACUGAAUCCCUUCGAGUGUCUGCUGAUGUCGAAAAAACUGAACCGCAAUUACACCGAGGAUUCCGGGGUUUCUAGCAGAAAAAGCGACAUAUCCAACAUACCAUGCGAGAUUUCGGCAAUUGAGAAAAUAGAGCAUUCCGGUAACAGCAAUAAGGACGAUUACUAUGGAUCUGAUUUGUCAAGAAGCUACAGCAUGAGCAAUUUAACCGAAUCGUUGCACCACUCACCGACCCGGAAUGGCACGCGCGGGUUCAAAAUGCCAGAAUAUUUUCGGGGAAUAAAGCGGCGACGGCAUCCGGGGAACCGCUUGGAUUCACUUAUCUCCGACGUCGAUGCCAGUUCGGGUUCAACAAGCACGGGGCUGACACAGGAAAUCGACGUGUUAGACAUCUGCAGCGAGGUGCACCGCAGCACACCGAAGAAACGCAAAGCUACCUCGCCGAUCAAGGGUGUGCUGAAGGUGCGGUCCCUGUCGGAUGAUGAAAUGCACACUGACGAGCGCAUUACGAUCGAUAUGAACGUCAUGUUCUCGACACCCGUGUCGUCACAAAAAAUCCGCCGUGAAGGUGGCCAGUUGGGGAAGCUCAAAAGUACACGUUUUCAAUUGCCGUCGUCGAUUGAGCAAUCGCGGAAGUUGAAAACUUACAGCGAAGCGAUAGUUCCUUCACAUUUCAUAAAAAUGACCGACGAUUCCGUCAUGUCGCCGAUAUGUACUGCUCACCAAACUGACCGAUGCAAUAGUACGGCCGAAGGAGGAAGGAUUGGAGAUGAUGGGGAUGGGAUGACGGUGGAAAACACUCCGAAGAUGGUGAAAACGCCGUUUCGGACGCCAAAGUCCGUCCGUAGGGCUCCCCUGGCAUCAGACGAGCGCAUUCUUGGAACGCCAGACUAUUUGGCACCCGAAUUGCUUCUGCAACAAGGUCACGGUCCAGCCGUGGACUGGUGGGCACUCGGUGUGUGUUUGUACGAGUUUCUCACCGGCGUGCCACCGUUCAACGAUGAGACACCGCAGAAAGUGUUCGAGAACAUUCUAGCGCGCAACAUCGAAUGGCCAACGGACGAGGAGUCGCUGUCGCCAGAGGCGGUCGAUGCGGUCGAACAAUUGCUUAAUAACGAUCACAACAAACGACCGGCCGCCGAACAAAUGCGCAGGAUGGCGUUUUUCGCGUCAAUCGAAUGGGCUAACAUGAGCUCGUUGAAGCCACCGUUCGUGCCGAAUCCGGAUGAUCCGCAAGAUACUGGAUACUUCGAGGCGCGGAACGUGAUGCAGCACCUUCAAUUAUCAAACUUCGAAAUGGAUCACUACUGA